UCAGCAGGAUAAACAUAGCACAAGUGCUGGAGACAUCAGGGUUGAAACAGAUAGACAGAGACGCAGAACUGCUCACCUGCCAUGCAUAUUUUACAGUCCCACUGCGUCAUCAGGUGGCGCAAUGGCCCGAAAAGGAAGAGGAAGAACAGCCAAUGUUCGGUGAAGAGUAUGACUGGGUACAUACCCAGCUACCUCGAAAAGGAUGAGCCAUGUGUGGUGUGUGGCGACAAGGCCACAGGUUACCACUACCGCUGCAUUACCUGCGAGGGCUGCAAGGGUUUCUUUCGUAGGACCAUUCAAAAGAACCUCCACCCCACCUACUCCUGUAAGUACGAUGGCUGCUGCAUCAUCGACAAGAUCACCCGCAACCAGUGUCAGCUCUGCCGCUUCAAGAAGUGCAUCGCAGUGGGCAUGGCCAUGGACUUGGUCCUGGAUGACUCGAAGCGGGUGGCUAAACGGCGCCUGAUUGAGGAGAACAGGGAGCGACGCAAGAAGGAGGAAAUGGUGAAAACCCUCCAGAGCCGUCCAGAGCCCACCGGGACAGAGUGGGACCUAAUCCGCCUGGUGACGGAGGCCCAUCGACACACCAAUGCUCAGGGCUCACAGUGGAAACAGAAGCGCAAAUUCCUGCCAGAAAAAAUCGGCCAGUCUCCGGUUUCCCCGACGUCAGACGGAGACAAGGUGGACCUGGAGGCCUUCAGCGAGUUCACCAAGAUCAUCACUCCUGCCAUCACCCGCGUCGUCGACUUUGCCAAAAAACUGCCCAUGUUCUCGGAGCUGCCUUGUGAAGACCAGAUCAUCCUGUUGAAGGGCUGCUGCAUGGAGAUCAUGUCGCUGCGAGCCGCCAUGCGCUACGACCCGGACAGCGAGACGCUGACGCUGAGCGGCGAGAUGGCGGUGAAGCGCGAGCAGCUGAAGAACGGCGGGCUGGGCGUGGUGUCGGACGCCAUCUUCGAUUUGGGCAAGAGCCUGGCACAGUUCAACCUGGACGACACGGAAGUGGCGCUGCUGCAGGCCGUGCUGCUCAUGAGCUCAGACCGAUCGGGCCUCACCUGCGUGGACAAGAUCGAGAAGUGCCAGGAGACCUACCUGCUGGCGUUCGAGCACUACAUCAACCACCGCAAGCACAACAUUCCCCACUUCUGGCCCAAGCUCCUGAUGAAGGUGACGGACCUGCGGAUGAUCGGGGCGUGCCACGCCAGCCGCUUCCUCCACAUGAAGGUCGAGUGUCCCAACGAACUCUUCCCUCCGCUCUUCCUGGAGGUCUUCGAGGACCAGGAGGUGUGAGACGCCACGAAGGGAAGAGGAAGAUUGUUGUGGGGGGAGGGGAGGGGGCAAGCUAACAAAAAAAACAAAGGGGAGAUGGGUUUGUCCACCGACGUUUUCUUUGUCGCGUCGCAGGAUGGAGGGAGAGAAUCUGCAUUUCUCCGACAUCACAUUCGCAGUAUGUGGUUUUAAACUGGAAAUAACAGAAACAACAACAACAACAACAACAACACACCAGCAACAGGAGCAAACAGGAUUUCGUUCACCUUCCCCUCCACCUCUUUCUCCUCCCUAUACUUACCCCUGUUUUCAAAUUCGUGUGGGGGCCCUUCUGUCUGAGCAUGAUGUCUUAUCUACUAAGAGUUGUAGCCAUUUGCCAAGACACAAACACAAACACGUGCACACAAACACACGACCCGCAGCCUGUUCCACCUCAGUUCUUCAGAGCAGCGCUCUUUGCAGGGGUUCACUUCCCCCCCGACCCUUCUUGGUUCUUCGUAGCGGCCGCAGAUUUAUUUUGAAGCCCACGUCUCCGGCGUCGCAGCCGGAAGCACCUCUCAGUAUUAUUUCUGAAUAAGUGUUAAGGCAGAAAUUCAGAAAACACGGACAGUAGUUUAUCGCUCACACUCGCAAUCAAUGAAACGCUGCACACUGAAAUUUUUUGUUUCCGCAGAUGUUUUACGCAUUACUCUGGAGUGUACUGGCUGGAAGUGAAGCAGAGCUAGUUAUCAAUUACUCAAGUCAAUCUGAGCCGUUCACAGCUGUUUUGGGAUUCUCCUCUAAAGGUCCCAGUGAAACCGGUGCUAUAUUUAUACAAGGCUACUCCAGUUUUAAUGAAAUUGUGUUGUCUACCUUUGAAAACCGUGCAGACCAUGGCUCCAUAUCUACCUUCAUUUUUGUCAUUGGACCGGCUCCUGUGACAAACAGCGCACACAUACGCAUACAUACACAAACACACACAUGAGCAGACUUGCCUCGUCGUUGCCUGCGCCGCUCGUGCCGGCAGGUUUUGUAGAUGACAAGUAGGAGAAAGCAGCAGAUAGCGAGAGGAAGUGGGAGCCGGACGGAAGUCGGUCCUUCAGCCUCGGAGGAGGUUUGGAACAGCAGCGAGACGGCAAAGCUCAUCUUACAAACACACUCUCUCUCUGUCUCUAUUUCUGACACAUAUUAACAUGAAAACACACAACAUCACCUCAGAGUAACGCGAAUGCCUCAUUUUACUGUAUGCGCUGCGCAGUACGCGGUGCUGAAAUACAGCCCUAACCUGCAGGGUUUGUACCGAGUCCCUCCUCCUCACGGACUCAGCUCAGUGUGGCCCCUCCAGGCUUCCAUACACAUCUGCCUUUUUUUUGACCAUGGGCGUCACUGAGAGCAGGCUAAUGCCAAGAAGGCUACCAUUUACCUCAAAGCGGACACACCCCCAGGCUGGGGCAGCAAUACUGCCCCUGUGGUGUCAGGCACUACCUCACCUCUGUGGACACAGGGCAGCUGCCCACAGCCUACACACAGACAUACACCAUCCGAGUUGGCGCACGAUUAACACAGUUUUUACACUUGUAGUCGAGGAUAAAGAUUAAAAAACACUCUCAGAUUACACACACACCCUCAGUGCUCUCACUUGGUUCAAAUGAAAUACCACUGAAGACAGGAGGGCCGACCACCUCCCCAGGGAGCCGUGGUACCCAUCACAUCCGGGUUGUCUCUUUUUUUUUUUGUUAUAUGGGACCAAGUGUCAUCUUUUUAAAAAAAAAAAUCACAAAAAAAAAAAUUGGAUUUACCUGUUUCUGUCAAAACAGACGAAGGACAGUGUGGAUGUGCAGCCCAGCUGACACCCAGACAGCAACCCGCAGAGUUCAAACCCAACGGUGGCGUCGCCCGCUGAAUUCGCAUGCAUGGAAAGGGCAGUUCUCCGACGCACUCGUGAUGGCUGCCGCCGGAGCCGAGCGGAUGGGUUUUCAUUGGAAAUAAAGCUCCUUCACAGGCGGCGCAUCGGACGGAGAACAGAUGGAACGUCCUCGACUGAAGCGACUCACUUCGGUUCUUUUGGUCUCGCGCACUUUCCCGCCGCUCGACAUCCGUGGAAGGUCUCGUAAACCAAGUGACCGUUGAACGUGAAUGUUUGAUUUCACAGAAGCCCACUCUGUUCAUUCCAAUUCUGGGGCCAAGCCAAAGCUAACCGGGUUCACCAACACCAAGAAAGGAAUCAGAGACUAUUUUUAUUUUGCCAAGCAGUAGGUAAGACAGGGCACUUGUACAGGAACCUGCAGCCCUCACCUGAGCAGAGGAACAGCAGAGAUCUUGGGAUGGCCGAGGAGAGACCAUCUUCGGGCACGACGGAAGAAGAAACCCCUUCCUCAAGCACAUCACCGCUUCCAGAGAUCUGCCCCAGUCCAGCCCCGAUCACUUUGCCCCUUUUUCUGGAGCCGAGCUCAGACUGAACCACCACCACCAUAAGAGACGCCCGCUCAGCCAGGCUGGCGGGAGCUCUUUUGCACUACUGCAGCGGUCCUUCCCCCCUUUUCAUCCAAGUUUUAGAUUUGUCCCCGCCCCAGAAGCUGCUCUGUGUGACAGAGGCUGGCAUGUUGCAGUGGGCUCAGUCCCAAACCUGUCCUGUUGUCAGUAUUACACCGACCGGCCCGCUAACGGGGUGGAGAGAGACGAGAGAGGGUUAGCGGAGGGCUGCGUAGCACUUACCCCCUUUUGUCCCAUUUCAGAUUUCUUCCCCUCCUUCUCCUCUUCCCCGAGCAAACCUCCCAACGCCCCGAGUUUGGCCCAGAAUCACUGACACCAAACAGGAUCGAGGCCUCUCCCUUGUGAGACAAGGCUGGCCAUAACCGCCCUUUUUUUCUUUUUUUUCUAAAUAAAUAAGAGCGGCGCCACCGAUUGAAUGUGAAGCAGCAGCAGCAGCAGGAACUUGAGUGCGAGAAUGUGAGGAUGCGAGAGGAAAGCACGGGACAGGAAGUAGAAAUAAAGAAGCUGAGGGCGCUCGAUGACCCUCGCCGCCAUCUUUGACAUGGGCGAGAGGCGGGGGGGGUGAUGUGGCCGGUUGUAGAGACAACGAAUCGGAGGAAGUAAAGCUCCGCGCAGCAGCCGCACAUGAACCUCCCCUCCUCCGACUCCCAUGCCAGCUAAAAAAACCCCAAAACGUCCUCCUCCCCCUUCAGCUCCCUCCAAAAAGGAUAAAACCUCCAACUCUGGAUCGGACGGAGAUCCCGCAAAGAACUGAAAAAGCAAAAUAUAUUCGAUGUCCUUUGUUCUCGUGAGCUGACCGGGUAUGUGUGUGUGACAGUAGGGGUUAUAAUGCUGCUUUACCUUCUGAUUUAGAUUAAGAGUAAAGAAAAAAAUAUAUGAAAUGAUUAUAAAUCCAUAAGACAAAAAUGAAAAAGAGAUGACU